UCCAUUCCAUCCAUAAAGGCCAAGGCAGGUGGCUCUGGGACUCUUCGUCCUGUGUCUGCUGUGAAGAGAGGAGUGCUGGGUGGGCUUCAGUGCUGGAUUACCUUUGAGGAGUUUACAGAGAAUUUCAUAAAGGAAACCUUAAUCCCAGGACAGUCAUGGAUGACGUAUAUAAAGCAGCGGUAGAGAACUUGACAGAAGAACAAAAAAAUGAGUUCCGUGCUGCGUUCGACAUCUUCGUCCAGGACGCUGAGGAUGGCUGUAUCAGCACUAAGGAGUUGGGCAAGGUGAUGAGGAUGCUGGGCCAGAACCCCACUCAAGAAGAGCUGCAGGAAAUGGUAGAUGAAGUAGAUGAGGAUGGAAGCGGGACGGUUGACUUUGAUGAGUUCCUGGUGAUGAUGGUGCGCUGCAUGAAAGAGGAGAGCAAAGGAAAAUCAGAAGAAGAGCUGGCUGAAGUUUUCCGCAUGUUUGACAAGAAUGGAGAUGGCUACAUUGACUUAGAUGAGCUGAAGAACAUGCUGGAAUCGACAGGUGAGGCCAUCACCGAGGACGACAUUGAGGAGCUGAUGAAGGACGGAGACAAAAACAACGACGGCAAGAUCGAUUACGACGAGUUCCUGGAAUUCAUGAAGGGUGUCGAAUAAAACUCCCGCCAAACAGAUUCAGAACCGCAAAAAGAAACCUGUCACUUCAUUCCCUGACUUCACCACACUCGAUUGAGAAGCACAGAAAAUGAUUUUGUAUUUCUUUAAUUUGCUGAAAUAAAUAAAUGGUGUCAUGUA